CCCCCCGGGAGCGGCGGGGCACCGGCAGUAGAACCGCGGGGGACUGGCCGGCCCUUGCGAGUGGGAGGAGCGGGUCACUGGCACACUGACGUGGCAGGCGUCCCGCUAGCUGGUAUGAACCCUCUGUCUCCUUAUUUGAACAUGGAUCCAGGAUAUCUUGUUCAGGAUACAGACGAGUCUGUUCUGCUGACUGGAGCUAAUAAAACCCGAGGCCGAUUUGCAUGUUGCACGACAGGGGCUGCAUUUGGGGCACCCAGCGGUCUUCGGCUAGGCUUGAAGGAAACCCAGAACGUGGCCUGGUCCAAGCCAAGAAAUGCACAGAGUUUGAAUACGGUGACUAGGCAAGGAGCCCUUUGGGCUAACACUCCAGGUCCUCUGGCUUUACUGUACAGCGCAGUUGGUGUUAUCGUUGAGAAAACACGAGGGGCAGAAGAUGACCUCAACACUGUAGCCGCCGGAGCCAUGGCAGGCAUGUCGUCUACGUGUACAGGUGGUCUUGGCGGAGCAGCGCGAGGUGGCCUGGCAGGACUUACACGUACCAGGCCCUGAGCUGUGUGAGUACCAGGAGCACGUGCAAGGCUCCCACUCCCACAGCCACGCUGAUGAAGAUGUUGCCACCUCCUGAAUGGAGACACCCCGAUCCAUUCAGUCUGGAGUCGCCUCCUCUCUUGUACCUACAAUCCCUUUGAACAGUUGGGGUUCUGACUUGCUGUGAUGAAGGUCACAGGUGGCUGGCCAGGAUUGCACUACCUGCCCUUGGUGAGUUGAAGCCAGGCCCUGUGGUGGCUCACUGAGUAAUGUCCUCUCUCCUUUGGAAAGGAUCUUACACUUGUUCUCCUGCACCCCAACUGGAAACCACUUACUUCCUGACUUCAGGGCAUUCUUAGUGUCAACACUUUGUCACUGUUGGGUUAAUAUCUGAAACUGGUAUAUUACCCUAUGUGGUGGUUUGAUUCAGGUGUCCCCCAUAAACUUAGGUGUUCUGAAUGCUAGGUUCCCAGCUGAUGGAGAUUUGGGAAUUAACGCCUCCUGGAGGGAGUGUA